ACGCCACACACCAUGCUGUGGCUGUUGAGGACACAAACACAGGGGGGCUAUGUCACUCCUCUGUGCCCUCGGAUGGCAUUUUCAGUCCCCCGCCAUGUUAGUUUCUCUUUCUUUUCUGUCCUGUCUAUCUCAGACCUGUCAUCUCUGUUCAUACCCUGUCAGCCACAGGUCAACUUCACUCAGCCUCCUCUACCAGCAGAACACAGGCAGUGAUGUAACAGAAAAUUACAAAUAAAAUCCUAGCAGCGCUCAUCCACAAGAAUGGCCCCAAAGAAGCCUGAGCCGAAGAAGGAGGUGACCAAGUCACCCCCACCAGCCCCAGAGCCAGAGAAGCCCAAGGAGCCUGAAUUUGACCCGAAAAGAGUUGCGAUCGAGUUCACAGCAGAACAAAUCGACGAGUUCAAGGAGGCAUUCAUGCUUUUCGACAGGACCCCCAAAAGUGAGAUGAAGAUCACAUAUGCCCAGUGUGGCGACGUGAUGAGGGCGCUGGGCCAGAACCCCACCAACGAAGAGGUCUUCAGGGUCCUCGGGAGACCCAAGCCAGAGGAAAUGAACGCCAAGCUGAUGGACUUUGAGACCUUCCUCCCGAUGUUCCAGCAUGUUUCCAAGUCCAGGGCACGCGGCACCUUCGAGGACUUCGUGGAGGGUCUGCGCGUCUUCGACAAGGAGGGCAACGGCACUGUGAUGGGCGCUGAGCUGCGGCACGUCCUCGCCACCCUUGGAGAGCGGUUGACGGCGACAGAGGUGGAACUGGUGAUGGGAGGACAGGAGGACAGCAAUGGAUGCAUUAACUAUGAAGCCUUUGUGAAACACAUCAUGUCGGGAUGAUUUAUCAGAAGUCAAGAUGUCACAAACCCGAAACACUCUCCGUUCCAUCCUCUUUGGUGUCCUUUUUCAUUUACAUCUUCCCCGUCAAUGUGUGUGAGUGACUGAUUUUGUGGAUUGCAAUUGAUGGAUGUGUGUGUCACAAUAAAUAGGUUUCAUUUCCUAUCCUCUGUGUGACAAUAUAUAUUUUAUUG